AUGCGUUCGCCUUUUCAGGUGUCUUGUAUCGCGGACGCCGAAGCCUGGAAAUCCGUACGGUCGCUACAAAGGAGUCUGCAACAGCACUUACGAAAAGGGUCUCUAUUGCGCCUUCAUGUCGCAGCCGUAUGCGGUGGGAACGCGCGGCAUCCUCGGCAGCAGCAGCUGCGAGCGGUGCAACUGCAAGGCGGUGCCGGUGGUGAUCCCGGGGGGGAAGGAGAUUGUGCGGAUGGAGGCGCAGUGCGUGUGCCCCGAGUUAGGAGUACAGCAAAAGAUACAGGACAGUGUCUGAUCAAUCGGGUGGGGCGGGGCGGCGUGGAUAGCGAGGGGUACAGAAUCGACGUCGGCACGUGCAUAGCGCCGCAAGACGCUUUCAGAGCCACCAACUGCAGCAGUGCGGGUCCCACAUGGGGUAUGAAGUGUGCCGGGCUGGGCUUUUUUGCUACAAAGGCGAGUAGAUAG